AUGUCCGGGGUCCGGUCUGUCCGUGUCCGCGACUCGGUGUCGGCGCUGGCAACGUCGCCGGACGGACGGCAUGCGCUGGCGGCGUCCAAGACCUCGGUGACGCUGCUGGAGCUCGACAUGCCCGGGUCGAUCAAGACAGUGACGACCAUGGCACCGGCCAAGUCGCGGAACCGGAAGAAGGACGUGACGUGUAACGAUGUCGAUUGGUGCUACGCUCGGCCGGAAGUCUUCGCUGCAGGCGCUGUCACCGGUGCUGUCGCUGUUCUCAACGUGGGCGACGAGAAGAUGACCAAGCGGGCCAUGUACACCUUCCAUACCCGAUUCGUCAACAGAGUCCAGUGGAAUGGCGAGCUGCUGCUCUCGGGCUCACAGGACGGUCUUGUCUGCCUGUGGGAUACGCGCAUGCAGGGAUCAGAGGCCUGCGUCGCAACGUUUGCCUCCAAGACCGGGCCUGUCCACGAUCUCUCGUGGGAGCCUGGUACGCCUGGUGAUACCCAUCUCAAGUUUGUGACCGGAACAACCAACAAUGUGGCGGCGGUGUGGGACCUCCGCCGGGCUGGUGCCAAGCGCCCGGUCCACGCCAUCUUUGCCCACUCUGACCUCGUGCUCUCAGUCCACUGGCAUCCGCACCAUGCCGGCAAGAUCGUGACAGGCGGGCGCGACAAGCUGAUCAAGGUUUGGAACAUCGAUGCUGAUUCCAAGACGCCCGAGGUGACGAUCCAGACCGCGUCUGCAGCGGCUGUUGUCCGCUGGCAUCCGACCCACGCCCACCUUGUCGGAUCGUGCUCCAACACCACCGACCUCAACAUCCACGUGUGGGACGUACGAUCAAAGUAUGUACCGCUGGCAACGUUUUCCGGCCACACCGACCAGCUGACGGCAUUCAAGUGGUGCUCGCCACCAGGCAUUGACCAUCCGGGCGUGCUCUCGGCCUCGCGCGACGCGUCCGUUGUAUGCUCAGCCUACGGCUCAGCCAAGUUCCCCUACGCCUCGCUCCCGUCAACCGCGCUGGCCUUUUCUGUCAACGCCUCGGCGCAAGUUGUCUCCAGUCACGCGUACGUCGACCGGGCGAUUGGCACGCCGAUGGCGGUGUUUGGACCGGAUCCACCGGUCUCGCUCUUCUCGCCAAGCGCCGUUGCCUCGUCCCUGUUUGACGAUGCGCCGGUGUUCCGGCCGGUCAAACGCGAGGUGACACUCUGCGGGGGACUCGACGGCGAGUUUGACGCCGACACGUUUCGGUACCUCGCCAAGAACUACAAGCUCGACGGCUCGCUUUCGAUGGCGGCGUCGUGUGAGCACAACGCGGCGGCGGCGGCAUCACAGGGCUGCGACGACGUGGCGACGACGUGGCGAAUGCUGGCACUGCUGUACGGCGACGAGGAGAGCGAGUCCGAAGAGAUACCAGGAGGCGAGGGCGGCGAGAGCAACAGCGCAGCAGCGGCAACAGCUCCCAAGGCCUCGGCCCGGUGGCACCCAGGGCCCGACUCUGACGGCGACGACGGUGACAACGACGACUACGGGUUCAAGGUUGACAUGUCGGACGAGGGCAUGAUGCCCGGGGCGCGGACGUUCCUCGGAACCGAGUCUGUCUCCCACCCCAACUCGCGGAUGAUCUCGCUUGGCUCGGGUUACAUCCUGGGUGGGCUCGACGACGAGGCAGUGCGAAGCAAAGCUGCGGCGCAGGCGGCGGCGGUAGCAGCAGCGUCAGGGCGUGGUGCCGGGCGGAUGGCCAAGGCAUCCCUGACGCUACCAGCGUGGGACCACACCCAAGUUGUGCACCAGGUCCUACACCACUACGCCGGCAUUGGCGACGUCCAGACGUGUGUAGCAAUUGCGAUGGUUCUCGGCAGCCGGCUGCAACUUGACAAGGAGCUAGCGCGGCAGUAUUACUUUGGCUACAUCGAGCUACUGCAGCGGCUCAAGCUCUGGCUGGCGGUGACCGAGGUGGUGCGGAUGGUGGACGACGAGGCGGUCUCGAUGCUCAACCAGAAGGACACCUCGGUCAAGUUUUCGUGCACCUCGUGCGGCGACGCGCUCGACGUCCGCGGCUGGUUCUGUGCAAAGUGCGCUGAGUUUAAGCGGUGCGUCCUCUGCCAGCAGCGGGUCCGUGGCGCCUGGGUCUGGUGCCAGGGCUGUGGUCACGGUGGGCACCCGGACCAUCUCCGCGAGUGGUUUGCCAACUCGAAGCAAUGCCCGUCUGGAUGCGGGCACGCGUGCGGUCUGGAUACCAAGGCCAAACGCUCGAAGCGCGCCCGUGUACCUGCUUCCGCUGGGCGCGCCGCGACGCGAGCCUCAGAUGACCCGUCGCCACCGGCUGCCCCACUGCCGCUCGGCAAGCAAGUUCCGCCUAGCCGCGGCGGACGCCCCGUGACCCGGCCAACCACAUGGGGCCCGCGGCGCGGGGCGCGAGCUGCCGCUGCCGUCGCCGCUGCUUCCGCCGCAUCUGCCGAGUCGCGGGCGAGCAGCACCAAGAGCAGCACCGAGUCUAGCAAGAAGGAGAAAAGUCGUUCGCUCCGAUCGCGACGUAAGAAGCGGUGA